AUAAGUGUAGAUAGUUCUCCACCAUCAGAGAGAAAAUUUCUAGACUCGAGAGAGCGCGAGGCCGGCGGCAGCAGAAGCCAGAAACCCUUUGGAGUUUGAUAAUCGAAUAAUUUGAAUCAAAAACCCCAACGAUAAUCUGGGUAGUCGCCCAACAUUAAUAAUAUUAUUUCCUAUUUGGAAAUGUCAGACACAAUCCUUACCUUCGAUAAAUCUUCCAGUUCGUCUUCACUGAAUCCUCCCUCUCGGACGGUCUGCCAUGUAUGUCAGAAGCAAUUUUCUCAGUAUACUUGCCCACGAUGUAACUCUCGAUAUUGUUCGCUUAAGUGCUACCAGUCUCAUAGUCGUGGUUGUACGGAGUCCUUCAUGCGAGAAAAUGUUGUAGAUGAGAUGCGGCAAAUGCAGCCUGAUGAUGAAACUAAACGAAAAAUGCUUGAAAUUUUGAAACGAUUGCAUUCGGAAGAGGAAAGUGAUAGCAUUGAAGAGGAGACUGAUAGCAUGGAAGAGGAUGAAUCAACUCUUUCUGAGGAGACGAUUCAAAAGAUCUUGUCGGGUGCACAAGUGAGUUUUGAUGAUUUAUCUGCUAAAGAAAAGAAAUUGUUUCAAAGAACCAUGGCAUCUGGUACACUGAGCAAGAUGAUUGAGCCGUGGGAUCCAUGGUGGUUGAAGCCUUCAGCUAGAACAAUCUGUCUUAGCCAGCAGGGAACUCAACUUGUCCAACCUCUUGACAAGCAUGACGCAUCAGCGCCAGUUGAUCAUGAUCUAGAGAGUAGUGAAUCCACUGAAAUUCCUCCCGCCCCUGACACUCCACUGCCCCCAGUUAGCAAACUUAGCUCUACAGAGCCGUCUCCACUUUUAGUUAUCCACCUGGUUGACAUGUUAUUUAGCUACUGUUUCACCCUUCGCCUUUAUAAUGGAGAUUGGCAAUCAGACACCCUAGGGUCAGCAAUGAUGGCUUUGAGUGUGUCUGCUGUCUUGGGCAGAGGUGGGCAGCCAGAAACUGUAAAGGAAGCUGUGUCUUAUUGCUUGGAGCAGACUUGCACUUCAUACAAACAAAUGGGAGGAUUGCAGUUUGGAUUGGCUGUUAUUGAUGAUGUAAUAACCCUUCUAUCCCUAGGAGGUUCUGCAUUAAUCUGCUCGCUUUGUGAUAUUCAGAGGAUGAUUCAGGCAGGGGAAAGAGAACUAAAGUCAGAGAAUACUAAAAAGUCAGGAAGGGUGGAAAUCAGGAGGAAGCUGAAGCUUGCUGAGAGGAAGAUUUAUUUCAUGAUGUGUUGGGUGCAUGAACAGCCCGGGGAAACAUGGUCUUCUGCAGCAGCCAUCUUAAAGGAGGAAAAGCUUUCAUGUAUAGAUCAUGGUGGUGUUAAGAGUUCUGCAAAAUUGGGGGAUAAAACAGAAUCAAGGAGCAAAGUUUUGAUUGAGGAAAUGGAAUGAUAUGUUGGCCGAUGUUGUAUUGGUGUUUGUGAGGUAUAUUCUCUGUGUUCAUUGUUGUACUUUGGAUAGACAGCAGACAAAGAGGUAAUCGGCAUGUACCAUGCCAAUAACAAAGUUAAAAUACCUUCUGUUUGCUAUUUGUAACUCGAAAAAUAAAAUCAUCAUCAGCCGGAACAUGAUAGAGAGACGAACUUCCAAUUUGGGAUUUAUGCAGAAAUUAAACAAAUUCACAUUGAA